CUACUAAAUCAAUAGAUGGGUUUAUUAAAUGUCUUUAGUGAUUUGAGAGUGUCGUUUUCUCAGGUGGUGAGAGAGGAGGAGUUCCAGGAGCUGGGGGUGGAGAAGGUGAGGAGCCUCCUGCAGGAGGAGAACCUGGCGGAGGUGUUGAAAGAGGCGGUGCUGGUGGAGGGGGUGGUGAGGUGGCUGGCCCACGAUACUCUUGCCCGCAGGGGACACUUCCAGGAGCUUCUUCACUCCGCCCACUUAGACCUGAAGGAAGAGUACCUCAGGACUGCCUUGGAGCUUCAUAGAGAGUGUCUGGAGACUGGCGCUGAAGACAUCCACUCUCUAUUUGUCCAAGCUCUGAAGACUGCUUUUCAUAUCAAUAAAAGCCCUCCGGAACACUGCAGAAGGAGCAGGAGACUGACCUCCAGGAUGUUUGUGAUAGGAGGGUACCACUGGCACCCUCUGUCUGAGGUCCAGACCUGGGACCCGGUCACGGACCAGUGGCAGCAGGGGGAGGAUAUGCCAGACCACACCAGGGAGAGUUAUGGAGUUUCCCUCCUGGGCUCCAACAUCUACAUUAGCGGCGGCUACCGGACAGACACUACAGAGGCUCUAGAUACAGUGUGGGUUUACAGCAGUGAUGCUGAUAAGUGGACACAGGGGCAGCCCAUGCUGACAGCGAGGUACUACCACUGUUCUGUGGCUCUGCAUGGGUGUGUCUACGUCAUAGGAGGGUACAGAGGAGGGGCGCCCAUGGGGGAAACGGAAUUCUAUGACCCCCUGAAAAGGAAGUGGAUUCCCGUAGCUAAUAUGGUACAAGGUGUGGGGAACGCUACGGCCUGUGUUCUGAGAGACACAAUAUAUGUGGCAGGCGGUCACUAUGGUCACAAGGGAAGCUGCACCUAUGAUAAGAUUCAGACCUACAGGGCAGACGUCAAUGAAUGGAGCAUAACAACGACCUGUCCUCAUCCAGAGUACGGCCUGUGCCUGGUGUCACUGCAUCCCAAGCUGUACCUGGUGGGUGGUCAGACCACCAUCACAGACUGUUACGAACCAGACAGAGAUGAGUGGCGCCAGCUGGCCAGGACCAAUGAGAGGAGGAUGGAGUGUGGCGCCGUGGCCAUGAACGAGUCCCUGUACGUCACCGGGGGCUACUCCUACUCCAAGGGCACCUACCUGCAGAGCGUGGAGAGGUACGACCCCGAACAGGACACCUGGGAGAUCGUGGGGAAUUUACCUGGAGCGGCGCGGUCACAUGGAUGUGUCUGUGUUUACGGUGUUUAGAGAGAGAGAGAGAGAGAGAGAGAGUGGGUGCGUUCCAGGUUGUCAGUAAUGCAGUUGUGGGUGUGUGUGUUUAUAGUGUUUAGAGGCAGAGUGGGGGUCUUUAUUGCUGUUGUGCUGCGCUGCACAUCUCAGAAAAUAGUUUUGGUAAACUAUAUAUUGUAUUCCUGUUGUUUAACACUUACCCAGGCGUUGUGAGAUCGUGUGACUGCAUUUGAGACAACCUGGAACGUGUCCUUUGUUACUGCUCCAUUCAGAGGACUUUUUCAGACAACUGAUCACAUCUGAUCUACCUCAUCCUGUUGUCCUACUAUAGACACGUGAAUAUUUAUUGUGUCCGAUUAAGAGAUUUUUGGGCGUGAAAUGUUCCCCUAUGCUUGAAGUGGGGGCCUGAGUGAAAAAGUUUAGGAACCCCUGAAUUAGAUAACUAACGGUGUGUUGUUUACAAUGAUUUGUUUGUUUUAUACAUUGUAUUGUAAAACUUUUGAUUGUGAAAAUCAUUUAUUGGAUUUUUACUUGAUUUAGCCAUUUUGAAUGGCAGCAGCUGACACACAUUGCAAAGCACCACUAGGGGAUUUAUACUAAAAUAUUUCUUAAUAUUUCUUUAAUUUAUUUGAACAGGAAAAAAGAGGAGUUGAUACCAUACAAAUGAAUGUACAACUUUGUAUAGUUUUCUAUCUUUUAAAUAUAAUUUUAAAAGAAUCACCGGCAGUAGCCUUUCCUGCAGGACAAUGACCAAAUCGACCUCUAGUAACGGCUGUUGGAAGGAGAGGACCAAGGUGCAGCGUGGUACGUGUCCAUAUUUAUUAAAUGAACACUGAAAUAACAAAAAUAACGACCGAAACAUGGAAUGCCCAGCCCAACUCAGGCCCUGACCAAACCAAAAUAGAGACAUAACAAAGGAACUACGGCCAGGGCGUGACACCUCUAGUGGCCUCGUGGGUGGAAUGUUAUUAAGAUUUUUCAUCAUUUUAGAAUUAAUGAACCUUUUUUGUGGGGUGGGAGGCGCAGAAAAUCUGUUUUUAUAUGUCAAAUGGCUUGGUUUUAUUUCAGUCUUCUGUGAUGUAUAUAAAGUGUAAUAUUGGGAUGCAAAUUCAAAAUGUAAUACAUUUCAACUUUAUAUCUGACAUGAUACAGGUGUCUUCUUUGUUAAGCUCAGAACCAUGUGUGUACUUUUGAAGAACAAAACCUCAACUACAUUGGUAAGAACAACCCAGGCAGGUGAAGAAACACUCUGCUGAAGGUAAAAGGUUCAAACUAAUUGGGAAAAGAGAAUUAAAUUGAACGAGUCAUCA